AUGUUGUUCCUCAAGUGCCUUGGGUUCUUUUCCCUCCUCGCUCCGGUGCUAGGAUCUCCGCACACCUAUGUUCGCGAUCAGCGCUAUCAAUCCCCCUCCAUGAAUGCCACAGCCGAGUAUGACUAUAUCGUCAUCGGCUCUGGGGCGGGUGGCGGCCCGUUGGCUGCUCGCCUGGCUCGGGGAGGAUACAAGGUCCUCCUCCUGGACGCCGGUGAUGAUCAGGGUAACACUCUCCAGCAGAUGGUCCCGGCCCUUCAGCUACAAUCGACUGAGUAUGAACCCCAGAGCUGGAAUUUCUACAUCCAGCACUACACCGACCUCAACCGCCAAGAGGAGGACUCUAAAAUGACUUACCGCACUCCAACGGGUGAAUUACACAAAGGCCCUAACCCUCCUGUCGGCUCUGAGCCCCUGGGUAUUCUGUAUCCGCGUGCAGGUACAUUGGGUGGAUGUACUGCCCAUAAUGCCAUGGUCACCGUUUAUCCCUACGAGAGCGACUGGGACAACCUCGCUGCCCUCACUGGAAAUGACUCGUGGGCAGCCGAUAAGAUGCGCGGCUACUACCGCCGCCUCGAGCUCAACCGCUACGCUCCAAACGACACCAUCAGCCACGGCUAUAGAGGUUGGCUUCAGACCGCACUCGCACCACUGAACCUCGUUCUAAGCGACAAAAAGAUCCUCUCACUUGUUAUUGCUGCUGGUACUGCUGCGGGCAAGAACCUGGCGGGCAAGGCGAUCGACACCGUGACAGAGCUGGCGCAGAUACUCGUACACGACGCCAACAGCGGCACGCGUAACAGGACUCCAGACCUGUACCAGCUCCCUAUCGCAGUGCAGGUGCCAGACUACAAACGUUCCGGACCACGCGAUUUUCUCAUCGAGACUGCGGCCCAGACUGACAACAAGGGCAAGCGUAGCUACCAUCUUGACAUCCACCUCACCACAUUUGUCACCAACCUAGUCUUUGACACCUCCGGCUCCCGUCCCCGCGCCACUGGUGUCGACUACAUAAAGGGGAAGAGUUUAUAUCGUGCAGAUCCACGGUCAGACACUGCAUCUCCCGGGGUGCCCGGAAGCGUGUACGCGGCCAAGGAGGUUAUCGUCUCAGGAGGCGCCUUCAACACACCGCAACUGCUCAAGCUCAGUGGCAUUGGUCCCAAAGCUGAACUUGAUAAAUGGGACAUCCCUACCCUCGUUGACCUCCCCGGUGUCGGAACAAACCUGCAGGACCGCUAUGAGACUAGUGUUAUUGGCAAAUCCCCCAUAGACUUCUCCCUUAUCUCGCAAUGUACCUUUCUAGAAGCCCUCCCUGACCCAUGCUUUGACAAGUGGAAAUAUGAACUCCAUGACAAGGGAGCCUAUGUAUCCAAUAACAUCCCCAUGGCUAUUAUCAGAAAGUCCUCCGUGGCUGAAAAUGAUGAACCCGAUCUAUUGAUCUCUGGUGCUCCUGCCAACUUCCAGGGGUACUUUUCUGGCUACUCAAGCAGCUCCUGGAACGAUGUCCGGCACUGGGGCUGGGUCACUCUCAAGACUCGCUCGCGCAAUAACGCAGGGACUGUCCAGCUGCGGUCCGCUGACCCCCUCGACACGCCAAUCAUCAAUUUCCACUCCUUUGACAAUGGUGUCACUGUCAAUGAGGCAGAUCAGAAGGAUCUCCAGGCUGUCUACGAAGCAUUUGAGUUCUCCCGAUCCAUCUUCAAGAACCUAGUGCCCCUAGACGGCGGGUUUGAGGAGACCUGGCCUGGUCCCAAUGUUACCACCGAGGCAGAAAUUAAAGAUUACAUCAAGCGUGAGGCCUGGGGUCACCAUGCCUGCUGUACCGCUCCAAUUGGAGCAGAUGAGGAUCCGAUGGCGGUGUUGGAUGGCGACUUCCGUGUACGUGGAGUUGAUGGGCUUCGCGUUGUCGAUGCCAGCGUCUUUCCCAGGAUCCCAGGAUUUUACCUUGCCUUGCCAACCUACAUGAUUAGCGAGAAGGCGGCAGAUGUGAUAUUGGGGGAUGCGUAA